CUCAGCGAUUUCUGGAGAGCACGGAUCAAAGUACACCCUUCAAGAUCACUGUACCUACUGACGUAGUUCAUUUUCUGCAGAAGUUCGCUGCCUCCUCCUGUGUUUUCCUAGGGACCUGUGCAGAGACUGAAUGAGAAGACAGCUUUGCAGGUACCUGCCAAGAUGAUCCAUUUGCAGAAACCACAGUUGCUGCAGAUGCUAGAAAAGUCCUUGAGGAAGAGCCUUCCUGAGUCCCUAAAGGCUUAUGGAACUAUCUUCCACAUGUAUCAUGGAAACCCAUUCAAUCUAAAGGCCUUGGUGGACAAGUGGCCUGAUUUUAAUACAGUGAUUGUCUGUCCUCAAGAGCAGGAGAUGACUGAUGACUUUGAUCACUAUACCAAUACCUACCAAAUCUAUUCUAAGGAUCCCAAGAAAUGUCAAGAAUUUCUUGCCACAUCAGAUAUCAUCAACUGGAAGCAACAUUUGCAGAUCCAAAGUACACAGUGCAGCCUAGAUGAAGUAAUACAAAAUCUUGCAUCUGCUAAGUCUGUCAAGGUCAAGAGAACACAAUGUCUUCUUUAUAUGAUGCCUAACACAGCAAAGAAACUGGUCCCUUUGCUGCUGGAGACGAUGAACUUCUCUCCUCAACCUGUCAGACCCAAGGCUAUUAAUCAAGAGAUGUUUAAGUGUUCAUCCCUGGAUGUUGUCCAUGCUGCCUUGGUAAAUAAAUUCUGGCAUUUUGGUGGCAAUGAGAAGAGCCAGAGAUUCAUAGAGCGUUGUAUCCGGAGCUUCCCCAGCUUCUGUCUGCUGGGGCCUGAGGGGAGCCCUGUGUCCUGGUCCCUGAUGGACCACACUGGAGAGCUGAGGAUGGGAGGCACUGUGCCUGAGUACCGAGACCAGGGCCUCAUCUCCUACAUCGUCUGCAUUCAGAACGAGGCUCUGGACAAGCUUGGCUUUCCUUUAUACAACCACACAGACAAAGCCAACAAAAUUGUACAGAAAAUGAGUCACACUCUGCAUCAUGUGCCCAUGCCCUGUGAUUGGAACCAGUGGAACUGUGUACCUCUGUGAAGCCAGCUCCAAACACAAGGAGUAUUGGGUAGGCUGUGCAUGUUGCUACAGGAGUGGAUAAAUGUGCACAGACAAGGAAUCACUUGUAAUCAGCAGUAUAGGAGGGGGCAUACUUAUAGUUUAUGGAUUGGCUUCAUAUAGAAGGAGACCCUCACCAAUCACCCUGACUAGAUUUUCUGAUGGCCAUCCAAAUAUUUUCUGUGUAAGUAUUUUAUCUGGACUUAGGCAUCUAAAUUCCUAAUUAGAAGGACUUGCCAAUCUUUUCCCCCAGUAGUCUGCAAUCUCCUGCUAACUCUAUUGUCCAUCUGUCAUACUAUAUGGGUCCUCUGGAGCAAUAGCACACUGACCAUGUCUUAUAUUGCUAUUUUUGCCAGCAGGACCCAGCCAUCAAGAAAGACUAAAGCCAGCAUCUCAGGCAGCCUCCACAAAUGCCCAAAUUUUGGACUCGAGUUUCAGUCUUCUUUCUUUAGGGAGAAUCCAGGAGCUUUGGGUUUUCCUGAUUAUGUCAUGCUGGUCCAGGGUGGAGGGACUGUGGUGGCUGAGUGUACACUAGUCCCAGCAAUCACCUUUGUUCUUAGCUCCCUUACUCCACACACAUCUAGAGUUUGUUAGACCCACCAGCACUUUGAUACAGGGGAAAAAAAUAUCCAGUCCUGGGGGGCAGGGGCUGGCUCUAUGGCAUAGUGGGUAAUUGCACCACCCAUAGUGCUGGCAUCCCAUAUGGGUGCUGGUUCAAGUCCUGGCUGCUCCACUUCUGAUCCAGCCUUCUGCUGUGGCUUGGGAAAGCACUAAAAAUGGUGGCCAAGUCCUUGGGCCUCUGCACCCAUGUGGGAGAUCUGGAAGAAACUCCUGGCUCCUGGCUUUGGAUCAGCCCAGCUCCAGCUGUUGUGGCCAUGUGGGGAGCAAACAGGUGGAUGGAAGAACUCUCUCUCUCUCUCUUUCUCUCUGCCUCUCUAACUCUGCCUUUCAAAUAAAAUAAAUUAAUUUAAAAAAUCCAGUCCAUUGGGUGGGCCACAUGAAAAGGCAAAAUGUUGAAUGAACUCUCCAAGCCCUUUCCUUACCAUGGGUAUAGUAGAAUCUGGAGGAUUUGCUUGCUCACUGUACAUUAAGACAAGGAAAGGUGUUAUUGCCAGGACAUGCACAUUAUUCCACACCACUGCAUUUGUGCUUAGCAGCCCCUAGUCUGGAUCCCUUUUCCUUCAACAUUCAGAUUCAAGAAAGACGGAUACUAGUCACUUGGGCCACCUCUAGAAGGUCAGACUAUCGAACAAGUUGCCUAGACUGCUCCUUCUCCUUCCAGGAAGAAGCCAAGAGUUAGGAGCUUCCAGUCAUAUGGUACUGUAACAGGGGAGGGGUCAUGACAAGAGAGUGUUAUGCAUUUUCCUGCUGGCUUUGAUAGGUUUCAGCCUCAACUGGUGUGCAGGAAUAUUUCAAUUUAUCUCUGGAUUUCUCACAGGGCAAUUGAUUUGUGUGUUGUUCAAUUAAUGUGUCUGUGCUGGGAAGCUGGGGGGAGAGGCAGUCCAGAGCAUACUAUUUCACUACAUUGUAGCUAUUGAUUGAUUUUAAGAUUUUUUCCAUUAUCUUUUGUUUUCAUAAAUUUAAUUAGCAAAUUUCUAGUAUUAUGUCUUAUCUUUAUUAGGGAUAAUUGGGGUCCUAAGAUCUGUACUUUGAUAUUUUAAAUAAAGUUGACAAAUUUUA